AAGGUCCAUAAUGCGUCGCUGUGUUCUCGCGGUAAGAGCGCACUUCCCAGCCCCUGCGAAAUAGAGGAGGAAACCCGUCUGUUCUUCCUUUCUCAACAUGGCUCCGAAGGCGAAGAAGGAAGCUGUCCCAGCCAAGACUGAGGCCAAGUCUAAGGCCCUGAAGGCCAAAAAGGCUGUAUUGAAAGGUGUCCACAGCCAAAGGAAGAAGAAGGUCAGGACCAGCCCUACCUUCCGCAGGCCCAAGACUCUGCGCCUGAGGAGGCAGCCCAAGUACCCCAGGAAGAGCGCACCACGCAGGAACAAGUUGGACCACUAUGCCAUCAUCAAGUUCCCCCUGACCACAGAGUCAGCCAUGAAAAAGAUUGAGGACAACAACACGCUGGUGUUCAUUGUUGAUGUCAAAGCCAACAAACACCAGAUUAAACAUGCCGUCAAGAAACUGUACGACAUUGAUGUGGCCAAAGUAAACACACUGAUCAGGCCUGACGGUGAAAAGAAGGCAUAUGUUCGUCUUGCACCAGAUUAUGAUGCGCUGGAUGUUGCAAACAAAAUUGGCAUCAUCUAAACUGCUCUUGAUGUGUACAGAAGAAUAAAUGUUUGUAAAAACAUA